GCGCUGGGGCCGGAGCGGGGCCGGGAGCGCGGGGCUCCCGCCCAUGACGCCCUCCUCCCGGCGGGGAGCUGCGGGCGCGGGCUGUCGCCGUGGUACGGCCGUUGCGUGCUGGGGGGGGAAUGUACGUACGCGUGUGUGUGUGUGUGUGUGUUGGGGGUGUGUAGUGGGUCCUGCUCUGUGUGCUCAGAAAGCGUGGAUCUGCAUGAACCGUGCUGCUGCCGACGUGCCUAAUGUGGCGUCUUGCUCCGUUCUGCGUGCCGGUGCGACGGGUGUCCCUACGCAGGAGGAGAGCAAAUGGAUCUGCUGCCAGCCUCGGCACCCCUGGCCACGAAGCUGCGCAACACGCUCAUUCAGUACCACCGCAUCGGAGACGGCGAAUGGCGGGUUGCGAAGAAAACCAAUGGAAGAUUUUGAGCGAAAGAUAUCUGAAACAUCUGCUUAUCUUCUUAAGAAAAGUGUACAAACGUGCCCAGAAAGAUGCAACUGUGUGGCGUAAACCAUCAGAGGAAUUCAGUGGAUACCUCUACAAAGCUCAAGGAGUGGUGGAAGAUGUUACUAACAGAAUAGUGGAUCAUAUUCGCCCCGGACCUUACAGGCUAGACUGGGACAGCUUAAUGACUACGAUGGACAUCAUGGAAACAUUUGAAGAGAACUGCUGUGUGAUGCGCUACACCACUGCUGGCCAGCUCUGGAACAUCAUAGCACCAAGGGAGUUUGUUGAUUUCUCUUACACUACAAACUAUGAAGAUGGGCUUCUAACAUGUGGUAUAAGCCUAGACUAUGGAGAAGUGAGACCUAACUUUGUCCGUGGAUUCAAUCACCCUUGUGGUUGGUUCUGUGUCCCCCUCAAGGACUAUCCUAGCCACAGCCUUUUGACAGGCUAUAUUCAGACUGAACUGCGAGGGAUGCUACCACAAUCUGCAGUAGACACUGCCAUGUCUAGUACCCUGGCCAAUUUCUACUUUGACCUCAAAAAGGCACUGAAAACAUAGACAAACAGUGACUUAAAAGCCCAUGCGUUUCUUGCAAUCAAAUUAUAUUGUCUAGCUUAGCGUAGGUUAGCUACCGAGUUAAGAGGUGAGUAACAUUGUUCCUGAAUGAUACCUGAACCUUUAGGUAGAGGGAUCCAAACAACUUUACCAACUACGUUUUGGUGUGAUACAUAGCAUACGUUCCUAAUUCACGGUGCGAGAUUCUGUCUCCUGCUCAGCACUCUGCAGCUGUGUGAGGAGUUGUCUGAAUCUAUAAACCUCUGGCUUCCUAGGUAGAAAACACAAGGGAAGUGUGUGGGCUUGAAAAAUGCAGUGUGAACUCAGCUCUCAUCAAUAGUAUUGAGAGUGGAGUGCUCAGGAUAUUGCAGGUGCAGGCCGCUGUAAAGACAGGAUCUCAUUGAAGAUGUAAUUUUGAUAUAUAUAUAUUUUUAUAUUUACUUAUAUUUUUUAAUUUAUGUAGGUUGUACAGGUGCAUCUGUAAUUUGUUUUUUAAAAUUGCUUUGGUUUCUCAUAGGGAUAUUAUGCAGCUAAGUUGUUAAAUGAUACUAUUCGUAAGAAAGCUAGUUGCUCUUGUUAGCAAAAAUAAGUAUUCAUUAUUGGCAUUUCUUUGAUGUUGUAACUGUCACUUAAAUAACUAUUAUAUAUAGCAGUCUCAGUGCAUAGAUAAAGAAAUGCCCUUACAGCUGAUCCAAAGCUCAUUUAAGUCAUCAGGUGUCUUUCCAUAGUUUUUAGUGGGCUUUUAACCACACAGAUGUCAAAAUAGCAAACUUCCAAUGGAUCUUCUGUGUUACUCUGCACUUCCAAAAAAUAUUUUACUUAAAUUUGCAUGUAAUUGUGUGUGUUGUUUUUUUGUGUCUUGCUUAACUGAAAAACCUGGCAUUGCUAAAGCAGCAGAAAGGACCAUUAACUUCCUUCAGGUAUAGGCAUUGGUGUAUCCACAACAGCACAGACUGCCAGCGUGCUGGUACAGUGCACUGGAGUGUUCUGUGGUAAUACCUCUAGGUUGAUCUUUGCAAUAAAUGAAAUGAGCACCUUAAAAACAUGAGCAGCUCAUGUCACAUAUACCAUAUAUAGUCAACAUAUAACUCAUAGUCAGCAAGAUCGUGAAGGCCAAAGCUCAAGCUGCAGAGUUGCUCAGAUCUGCUGGAGGAUCAGACUUUUAAGGACAUUUAGCCAUGCAGUGGUGCUGACAGGUACAUAGCUGGAGCUUUCAAAAGAUUACUCUCUGUGCUGUUAGGAACCUGAAUUCUGUUUAAAACCUGACAUUGAGUUCGUACUGUUGGCAUGCGUCAUUUGCUCAGGUGAGACUGCAAUUAUCCCUAUGCUUUACCAGUGCUAGCAGAGGCAAGUUGAGCUGCAUAGUAAUUAGAGAAAGUAUUUUGGGGUGAGUUCUAUGCAUACAACCCAAGAACUGAUAUUGGACUCUUAGGAAAAGAAAAUUCAGAUGAAAAUUGUUCCCCUGCAAUAUUGGCUCUUUGGACACUGGUCAUUGUGGCUGAGCUCCGAACAGUGAGAAUGUUUCUUUCUUAUUGCUCAAGUGGAGAGGUAGAAAAAACAUGACAACAAAUACAGUGAGGGCUCUCCCAAUGUGCUUCAUGUAUUAAGGCAUUUAGUACUGUUUAAGAGACUUAAAAACAGUGGCAUCAAACAGCCUUUUGUGUCUUCAUAGGCAGAAAAUGUCAACUCCCUGUUUGGUUGUGUAUUCUGCAGUUCCUUUUAAACUCCUUAGUUACUAUUCCCAUCUUUCCUAUCUUCCCUGUGUCCCCUGCAGUGCUGGGAGUUCACAGGGUGGUCUUGCACCACCAAGGACACUAAGGAAUUAGUGUCAGCAGACACACUUUUCCCUAAAUGCUGGGGUCCACUCCUUUCUCAUACUGGUACAGAGGCAAGUCUGAAAGCCCUAGAGAUACUGCUCUUUGGGAUGAAUGCUGACAUGAUUACAGAGGAAGCUGUCUGAAGUGUACCCUCUUUAUUCUUCCCAGUCAUAAAGACUACCUGUAUAGUGAAUAUGCAUAUUCAUGUCUUCUUUUUUUAAAACUCCUGGGGCUGACUAAUUUAAGGAUUGGGAUACAGGUGUAUACAGAGAAAAAUAUUCCAUUUCUCUGUAAAAAGCCCAGUUUAAAUUUACACAGAGGCACUUCAGUGCUGGAGAAACAAGUCAAAAGGAGCACAAGACACAGGAUGAUGUUUGUACAACACUAGGCACUGCUGAUAAGGUUAAGAGGUCCCUGUUCCAAACACCCACUAUAAGGGCUCUACGCCCCUAGAGUAUCUAUCCUUAUUGGCUUUUUAUGUUUCCAGUGAAUAUAGGCUGAUGAAGCAUAGAGCAGUUGAAGAAAGAAGGUUUGGGUUCAAAUGGAAGAAGAUUUCUAAUGUAUUUUAAGUAUGGUGAUGUUUUUUAUAAAAAUUUAUCCAUGCAGGUUUGCUUUUUAUCAACAGAGUUGUUUUCAGUAGCAGGCCUAGAGAUGGGAAGAUUUUGUGAAUGAGAGUAAAGUUUCUGAAAGCAAAGUAGGUCUUCUGUUUUGCAUUAUAGUAAUUGAUUCCUUAAACACUGUUUGAACUGUCUUUCUGUGUUUUAACAGACGUAGUCUAUUGCUUCUGCCAAUGAGUCUGAAUGUUCAAGUGAAUAACAGAGUAGAGACUACUGGAGACAGAGAAUGGAGGCAGGUUUUUUUUUUUAAUCAAUAAAAAAGCAUGGUUUUCAGAUGAGGAGAAAUCACAGAAGGUGCUAAGAAAUUUUAAGGAUUUAUUUUGGGGAAUCUCACACUUCUAAAAAUGUUUCUGAUUUAGGAGUGCAAUGAUUGACAAUGUAUGCUGAUUAUGCUGCUGAAGCAAUGCAUAGCUGAUACCCCUACAGUCAUUACUGCAAGCAGUUCAGCUAUGGAGUAAUACAGGACUAGAAGGAAGAUGUCCAGUUUCCUAGUGUGUUGUUUUUAUUUGAAGCCAAAACUUAUUCUCUUUUUAUACAGCUAAGGAUUGAGAGGAGUGUUAGAUCUUGAAGCAGAACUGUUCUUUAACCAGACUACAUUCAGAACCAAGAAAGCCACAAAAUCAGGUGCUCAUCCAAUCAGAACCUCUUUUCCUACAUUGUUUUCCUCCUAAGUUAGUAGACAAUCUAGAUGAAGCCAAGGCAGUACUAACAGGAAAGGAGUUGAAAGAACAAAGUGCAGGAGCCCAUGUUUUGGUUGUUAGAAGGUAGUAGGAGACAAAGUAAAUUACCUAGUGUAGAUUUUGGUCAUCCUCACAGCACCAGAAUUUCUGCAAGUCUGUGAGGUUUGCCAGUACUUGAGUUUGAGAGUGUUUCAGCUGAGCUAGAAUAUAGUUACCUGAAAAUGACUUCUGAAUGAAGUGCCCAAGAAUAGCAGAGACCAGUUUUUGCUAGCAAAAUGGCAUAUAAAUAGACACGUCAAAAUUAUUUUUAUAUGACUAGUAUUUUUCUAAAAAACUUUUUCAUGUGUUUAGGCAAUAUGACAGUCUAAUCUUUGGCACUUUAACUCUGUGCUCUGUGUGUGAAUGCAAAAGGUGGCUAAAGAUAAGAAAAUUUUAAUGUUUGGCUUCUAUUCUUCAUCUAAAACCUCCAGCUUUGACCUUGCCUGUAGUUGUGCUCCUUAUUUUACAUAGGCAGAAGAUAGAGGUUGGGCUAAGUUCAAUUUGGGAGCAGUCCAAGGUGCUCUAUCUAGCACAGCCUGCUGGGAGGUGGACCAGUGCUUCAGACAGAUACUGUGGGAACAGCACAAGCCCUGAUCUCAAAUUUGAUGAAUUUGUAAAUGUGAAAUGUGGUAAAUUUGUAAGACAUGAAAAGAGUGUAUAAUUCCUCCAGUAAUUAUAAAUAACCAGAACUAUUUUGAUGGUAUGAGCUGGUGAUUCAACCUAGGAGGUUCAUUGCUGUAAAAGUAGCCAGAGUUCUACUGAAACCAGUCAAGUGGUGCCUAUGUUCAGAAGGUCAAAGCCAGUCUAUUUUAACAGUGGUUUUAACUGACUGUGUUCAGCACUUAAGAGAAUUGUAUUUAUAUUUAUGCAAUUAUGGAAUAAAUUAAAAUGUGGA